AAAUGACGAACCGUCAAACUUGCGCACUUCUCCACGUGCGAGACCAGCGCAGUCACAUUGUCAGGUCCGCAGCUCCACGAUGAAACGACCAAAGUUGAAGACCGCAAGUAAGCGGGUCUCGUGUUCCAAACGCUAUAAAAUACAGAAAAAGGUCCGGGAACACAACAGAAAGUUAAAAAAAGAGGCAAAGAAGAAAGGAGUGAGCAAACGCGUGAAGAAAGAUCCCGGCGUCCCCAGCAGCGCUCCCUUCAAAGAGGAGGUCCUCCGCGAGGCGGAGCAGAGGAGGCUACAGAUUGAAGAGGAUAAAGAGAAGAAGAGACAAACUAAGAUAGUGGAGCGAGCCAAGAAGAGGAAAAAGGAGACUGCGAGUAAAGGAUCAGAACCCACGGCCAAGAAGGCUCGGCAGGAUGUGGUUGAGAAGCAGCCAGAGAAACCGGCUGCCCCAGACAAGAACUCCAAACACUACCUUUGCUCUGAAUUAAAUAAGGUGAUUGAUGCAUCUGAUGUAGUCAUAGAAGUCCUCGAUGCUCGGGAUCCACUGGGGUGCAGGUGUCCACAGCUGGAGGAGGCGGUGCUGCAGAGGGAAGGCAAUAAAAAACUGAUCUUGGUUUUAAGCAAAAUAGAUCUGGUACCGAUAGAAAAUGUGGAGAGGUGGAUACAGUGCUUACAACUGGAAUUUCCAGUUGUGGCGUUCAAAGCAUCAACACAGAUCAAGGACAAAACCGUGCAAGCCAGGAAGAGCAGCAGGAUCGUGGCCUCCCAUGAAGUCCUGGACCGAUCCAGAGCAGCGGCCUGUUCUGGAGACGGUUGUCUCACUGAGCUCCUCACAAGUUUUGCUGCUAACAAACAGGAUGAAGCUUCCCUCAAAGUGGGCUUAGUUGGUUUUCCAAAUGUGGGGAAAAGCAGCAUCAUCAACAGUAUGAAGGGGAUCCUUGCAUGCAAUGCUGGCAUUAAGAGAGGCAUCACAAAAUCCAUGCAGGAGGUGCACAUCUUAAAGAACGUGAAGCUCAUAGACAGCCCAGGAGUUGUGGCGUCAGUGUCAAACCCACCAGCCUCCAUGGCUCUGAGGAGCCUGCAGGUGGAGGAGGGCCAGCAGAAUGUGCUGGAAGCUGUCAGGACUCUGCUGAAACAGUGUGACCACAGCCAGAUCAUGCUCCAGUACAACGUCCCAGACUUCAGAAACUCUCUCGAGUUUUUAACCCUUUUUGCCAAAAAGCGUGGCUAUCUGCAGAAGGGUGGAGUUCCUAACACGCAGCAGGCGGCCACAGCGUUCCUCGCCGACUGGACAGGAGCCAAGGUAAGCUACCACUGUAAGGCACCGGAGAGCCACGGCCUCCCCGCCUACAUGUCCGAUGCUGUCGUCACAGAGAUGCAGAGCGGCUGGGAUCUGGACAAUUUGAAGAAGGGCAAUGAGGAAACUCUGAAAGGUGUUAAAUUCCCGAGCCAGGCCAGCAGCAUAGGCUUCAUCUCUAAAGGCCCGACUGCAGGUCAGCUGAGUGUCCUCGAUUCCUCUGAAGAAACACCUGUUGCUGCAGAGGGAGCAGCAGAGCAGAAUGAUGAGCCCGUACAAAGUGCCGAGGAGGCAAAUAAAACCGAAGAACCAGAUAAACCACAGACGGCGCCACUCAAGAAACAACCCGGCCAGGUGCAGUUCCAGUCUGUCGACAUCAGCCGCUCUGCAGCGACAACAGAUGACGCCUAUGACUUCAACACGCAUUUUAAAUGAGCUCUGCUUUCUUUGUUUGGAGGACAUGCAGAUGUGGAGUUGUCAGCAUACCCAAACAUGCUGACAUACAGAAUCACUGUCAGGGUGCCUUUGAUCACCUCAUGACAGGCAGUUGAUUCAGAAUCCCAGUUUAAAAGGCACUGCCUAGUUGAGUGGUGUCAGGGCAGUCGUUGGUGUUUGUGCCCUGCCUUUAAACUCUGAAUCUGGACGACGGUGAGACCGUUUCCAGACAAGGACCUUCAUCCUCGACAACAUUUUUCAGUUAACAUAAUUGAAUAGUUUGUCUAUGUGGUCAUGUGUAUAUAUCCUGACUUCUUCCAGAUGUUGUUGGUGAAUAAUCGGCUGUUUUAAAUGUCAAGAGGUCAUUUGUGUUUUUGUGUUCAUGCAGAAUACUGUAUAUAGACGAUGUACUAUAAAUGUAAUAAACCCUCUACAAAGCCUUCAUUUGUUAUAUUUUUAUAAAACAAAGUUACACUACAGCAGUUUAAUGCUGUUGAUGUGUUUUCACCACAUUUUCUUUGCUUGUGGCUCUUAAUUAAUUCACCCUCCUUUUGUAUGUAAAUGAUAAAAUCUUUAUUUCAUGUGCCAUACAAAGGAUGACCAAUAUUUACAACGGCAAAGCAAUGUUUAUAAAAAUCCUGACUGAAGGGUUACAAAGCAUGAGGACAUUGUGCAAACAUUACAUUUCUGCAGAGGUGUAGUUUGCUUAGUGGUCUGCAUAAAAUGUCAUUAAAAACACUUGGAGUUUAGCAUGAGGGGCAGAUUUAGUGUUCAUUUAUGGCAGUUAUUAUAAAUGAUAGGCAGGACGAAUCACAAUGGCA